AUGGGGAGGCUAAUGCUACGGGGCUUGAAUCCACCCCACAGAGUGAAGUCGAUUUCAAUGACUACUUUCACACAACAGGAAAUAGAAUUUUUGCAGAAACAUGGAAAUGAAGUGUGCAAACAGAUUUGGCUAGGACUAUUUGAUGACAGAUCAUCAGCAAUUCCAGACUUCAGGGAUCCACAGAAAGUAAAGGAGUUUCUACAGGAAAAGUAUGAAAAGAAAAGAUGGUAUGUUCCUCCAGAGCAAGCAAAGGUUGUGGCAUCAGUCCAUGCGUCCAUAUCGGGGUCUUCUGCUAGUAGUACAAGCAGCACACCUGAGGUGAAGCCACUUAAAUCUCUUUUGGGAGAAGCGGCACCUGCACUGCACUUAAACAAGGGCACACCUAGUCAAUCUCCUGUUGUAGUUCGAUCUCAAGGACAGCAGCAACAAGAAAAGAAACAAUUUGAUCUCCUCAGUGACCUUGGCUCAGAUAUCUUUGCUGCUCCUGCUCCUCAUUCAACUGCUACAGCAAAUUUUGCUAACUUUGCACACUUCAACAGUCAUACAGCGCAGAACUCUGCAAAUGCAGGUUUUGCAAACUUUGAUGCAUUUGGACAGUCUAGUGGCUCGAGUAAUUUUGGAGGUUUCCCCACAGCAAGUCAGUCUUCUUUUCAGCCCCAAAAUACAGGUGGAAGUGCUGGAUCAGUGAAUGCUAACUUUGCUCACUUUGAUAACUUCCCCAAAUCCUCCAGUGCUGAUUUUGGAGCCUUCAGUGCUUCUCAGAGCAACACAACGGCAACCGCAGUCAGUAAAGCUGCAGUGAAUAAACCGAAUCUCCAGUCAGCAGACAAAUAUGCAGCACUUGCUAAUUUAGAUAAUAUCUUCAGCACAGGGCAAGGUGGUAGUGAGCAAGGAAGUGGCUUCAGCACUGUAGUGACAGCAUCAGCAGGUCCUGCUUUGUCAGCCUCAAGUCAGUCAAGUGCAUCUUCAGACAAGUAUGCAGCUCUAGCAGAAUUAGACAGCGUGUUCAGCUCCACAGCAACCUCUAGUAAUGCAUAUACUUCCACCAGUAAUGUUAGCAGCAAUGCUUUUGGAACAGUACCCGUGGCUGCUACUGCACAGACACAGCCUGCAUCUUCGAGUAUGCCUGCUCCAUUUGGAGCAACACCUUCCACAAAUCCAUUUGUAGCGGCCCCUGUUGCCCCAGUGGCACCUUCAACAAAUCCAUUCCAGACGAGUAGCCGAGGAGCAACAGGCCUCUCGGGAGCAAUGCACUCUCACAUAUUUCCUCAGGCUCACUUUGCAGCAACAUUUGGCACUGCAUCCAUGAGCAUGCCUGCAGGAUUUGGAACUCCUGCCUCCUACAGUCUUCCUACUAGUUUUAGUGGCAACUUCCAGCAGCCUGCAUUCCCAGCCCAGGCAGCUUUCCCUCAACAGACUGCUUUUGCUCAGCAGCCAAAUGGAGCAGGCUUUGGUGCAUUUGGGCAGGCAAAGCCUGUAGUAACUCCUUUUGGACAAGUUGCAGCUGUUGGAGUAUCUAGUAACCCUUUUAUGGCUGGUGCACCAACGGGACAAUUUCCAACAGGAAGCUCAUCAACCAAUCCUUUCUUAUAGCCUUAUAGACACUUUACCCAAAAGAACUCUUAUGUGGUCACAUAACAUCUCUGCGCCUCUUGCACUGUUGUCUUGUUUCACUGAUAUUAGCUUUAAACACACACACAAAAAAAAAACUCUUUAAGAAGUAAAAAUAAAAGCCUGCAUUGUGUACCUUAGGAAUAAAAAUAUGAAAGAAAAACAAAACCACCCCCACCCCCCACCAGGUAAUAAUGUGCAAAACAGAGGGCUGUGGUAACAUCCUUGAACCUGUGAAUUGGCAGGUAAAAAGUAGCGGUAUCAUGUAUAUUAAAAUUGGCUAAUAAGUUAUUGCAGAUACCACAUUCAUUAUGCUGCAGUACUGUACAUAUUUUUCUUAGAAAAUAGCUAUUUGUGCAUAUCAGUAUUUGUAACUUUAACACAUUGUUAUGUGAAAAAUGUUACUGGGAAAUAGAUCAGCCACUUUAAGGUGCUGUUGUAUCUCUUGGAAUGAAUGGGCUACAUCAUUUUAACCAUUGGUAUUGGAAGUCAUAAAGUUAAAUUGAAGGUUUGUUCAUUUCUCAAAAUGUUUUCCUUUCCUAAGAGCUCUUCUAUUUAUACAUGCCUAAAUCUCUAAUGUUAGAGGGAUACCUGUCUGCAUAAUAAAGCUGAUCAUGUUUUGCUACAGUUUGCAGGUGGAAAAAAAAUAAAUAUUAGAAAAAACAA